AUGGCAUUUUUACCACCCAAUUUAAAGAUUAUGUUUAAUCCAAGACAUCCACCACCAUUUUUACCACCACCACCACCAUCAAAUUUACCUCCAUAUACUGGAUUAAGAGAUUAUUUAUCAAUAUUUACUGAUCCAUCAAAUGAAGAACCUUUCAAAAAAGAACAUAUUGAAAAUUUAGAAGAAAAAAGAGAAAAAAAGAGAAAAUUAAAAAUUUCUGAAAAUGAUGAAAGAAUUUCAAAAUCAUUAAAAGCUUGGGAUCCAUAUUCAAAUUCAGAAACAACUGGUGAUCCAUAUAAAACAAUAUUUGUGUCUAGAAUUAGUUAUAAAACUACUCAACAAAAGUUAGAAUUUGAAUUUGGUCAAUUUGGGCCAAUUAAAAGUUUAUUUUUAGUAAAAGAUUCAAAUAAUCCUGAAAAACAUACUGGUUAUGCUUUUAUUGAAUUUGAAAGAGAAAGAGAUAUGAAAGCUGCUUAUAAACAAGCUGAUGGUAUGAAAAUAGAUGAUAGACGUAUUGUAGUUGAUAUUGAAAGAGGAAGAGUUAUAAAAAAUUGGAAACCAAGAAAAUUUGGUGGUGGUCUUGGUAAUACAAGAGCAGGUGGUGUUGAUGUGAAUCAAACAUUCUCUGGUCGUGAAAUGUCUGAAUCUAGAGAAAAAGAAAAAGAAAGAGAAAAAGAAAAAGAAAAAGAAAAAGAAAGAAUGGAAAAAAUGAAAAAAAGAGAUGGUGGUUUAUCAUCAAAUGGUAAUAGAAGUAAUGGUAUUAGUAGUGGUAGUGGUGGUAGUGGUGGUGAUAGAGGAGAUAGAGGUGAUAGAGACAGAGGAGAUAGAGGUGAUAGAAGUGAUAGAAGUGAUAGAGAUAGAGAAAGAGGAAGAGGUGAUAGAGAUCAUCGUGGUAGUGGUGGUGAAAGAGAAAGAGAAAGAGAUCAAAGAGAUAGGGGUGGUGAUAGAGGUGGUGAUAGAGGUGAUAGAAGUGAUAGAGGAAGAAGUGAUAGAGGUGAUAGAGGUGAUAGAAGUGAUAGAGGCAGAGAUGAUAGAGAAAGAGGAAGAGAUGAUAGAGGUGAUAGAGGUAGAGAUGAUAGAAGAGGUGGCAGCGAUAGAGAUAGAGAUAGAGGAAGCAGAGAUGAUAGAGGUGAUAGAGAUGACAGAAGUGAUAGAGGUAGAGAUGAUAGAAGAGGUGGCAGCGAUAGAGAUCAUCGUAUUGAUGAAAGAAGAAGAGAUCAAAGAGAUUAUGGAUCAAUUAGUGAUGCACAUUUUGAUCAUUUCCAAUAUCAACCACAACAACAUCAUCAUCAUCAACAAAAUCAUCAAUCACAUCAUAAUCAACCACAUCCAGAACGUGUAAAUAGAGACUAUUCAAUGAUUUCAAAUGAAAAUGGUUUUUAA